AUGAAGCUGGCCCUAACUGCCGUCCUGUUCUCUCUCCUCGCAAAAGCCCUUCGCGGAAGCCCCCUGGUUCUCCCACUCAACCUCUCCUCAACAAACGCCAUAGCGAUAAACCUGGACUCAGUGUGUGGACGCCCACAGGCAACAGGUCGCAUUGUGUCGGGGCAGGAUGCCCAGCCGGGCGAGUGGCCAUGGCAGGUCAGCCUGAGGGAAUAUGAACAGCAUGUGUGUGGAGGCUCACUGAUCACUGAAGAGUGGGUGCUGACUGCAGCCCACUGCUUGGACAGGAAUCAGCCACUGUCCUCCUACUUUGUGCUACUGGGCACCAUCUCCUCCUAUCCCAAGGCCAAUGAGUCCCAGGAGCUCCGGGCUGUGGCCCAGUUCAUCACUCACCCAAGCUACACAGAGGAGUACGGCAGUGGGGACAUCGCCCUAGUGCAGCUGGCUUCCCCCGUCAGCUUCAGCGACCUCAUCCUUCCAGUCUGCCUCCCCAAACCUGGAGACCCGCUGGGUCACGGCACCUUGUGCUGGGUCACCGGCUGGGGGAACAUUGACACGAAUACACCGCUCCCUCCACCUUUCACCCUGAAGGAGCUAGAGCUGCCCCUCAUUGACACCCAGACCUGUGACACCUACUACCACGAGAACUCCCUCGUCCCCAGCCAGGAGCCCAUCAUCCUAGAGGACAUGCUGUGUGCUGGCUUCGAGAAUGGCCAGGAGGACGCCUGUGGGGGUGACUCCGGAGGGCCUCUGGUCUGUGAUAUUGGUGGCGUCUGGACCCAGGCAGGGGUAGUGAGCUGGGGGUCUGAAUGCGGACAGCCCAUGAGGCCGGGUGUUUACACCAACGUCAGCGCCUACACCACAUGGAUUCUCAGCACAAUCCAGAGUUCCGCCCCAGAAGACAGAAGCUUCUCUCCAAGCCUUACCUUUCAUGUGUCCCCCAUGGGCCUUAAGCUGCCCUCUCACCCUCCCUGCCAGCCUGUGGACGCCCCCCAGGUACAGAGCCUAGUGUUCCCUGCUCCUCACCCACCAUCAAAGGCUGAGUCCCAGCAUACACCCAGGCUCAAGGACUCCUUUGGCGGUUUCUGGGACUCUUGGAACUGA